AUGGGCAAGUUCGACAGCAUCUAUGCCAGUGGCAGUGUUGAGAAUCCGAAGAAGCGGAAGUUGGCUUCUGAUUCUGGUCCGUCUGUGACAGAGUCAAAGGAAACUUCGCCCAAGAAGUCAAAGGCCACUUCGUCCAAGCAGCCCAAGGCCGAUCCUAAGCAUCGCAGCUACCGCCAGCGAUGGGAUCAGUUUGGGGAGAAAUGGCGGCGGGAGUACGGCUUCAACGUCUUGACAGUCAUGGGCAAGCCAGUCAAGGUUACAUGGCUGUCGCACAAGGCAGGGCAUGGAGUGGGCUGCUCCAUUUGCGCUCACCUGCGCGAGGAGGCCGAGAAGCUGGCCCCACGAGCUUCGCAAAGGCAGAAGUCUCGGUUUGCGGCUUACAGCACGAAGUUUGGACGGUACGAGGUCCGCACUCCAGACAUGGGGGCCUCUCUGUUUCGCCUCCAUGCGGCCUCUCGUGUCCACAAGCGUGCGCUUCGCUUCUGGUCCCAGCCACCCGAAACUUUGCUGGAGGUCCUCCCAGAGGACACGCAGGUAUUCGACAAGCAAACACGGCUUCUCCGUGGCUGCGUUCCUCAAAUCGGUGACAGGUGCAACAAGAGGUUUCUUUCUGUGGGUGACAAACCUGACGCCCAGGUUCGCAGCUCUCUGUCCUUUUCGGCGGCCGCUCAAGUGCGUGGCACAUUGCACUUUCUGCAGAUGGCCAACCUGCGGCAGAAGGAUGGAGCAGACGAGGAGCUGCACAGGAAGACUGUGAAGAAAAUAGCACUCGUCAUUGCGGAAGCUUUGACAGAGGAUGUGCGGCAGACGCUGUUGCGUGCACAUUCGUGGUCAUUGAGUCUGGAUGACAAAGCUAACUGGCGAUUGUUCAAUUUCCAGGCUUCCGGUGCAGAAGUAGACGGUGGCACGGACAGGCAGGUGAUCACGACCAAGCAAGGCCUUCUGGGUGUGCGGCAGCUCUAUAGCAAGGAUGUUAGGCCUCUCUAUGACACAGAAAAGGACUACUGUGAGAAAGUAACAGAGUCUGUGUCCGAGAUGCUGCAUGAGAUUUUGGACAACGAGGAGGAGUUCGCCAAAGUGUCCCGAACUCUGACUGGCAUCGUUGCGGAUGGAGCUCCGUCGAUUCAGAAGGGGCUGCGUCAUGUGCAGUCCGUGUUCCCUGGGCUUCUCUUCAUAGGACGCGAUGCAGCGCACGCUGCACGCAAGUCAACACAGGAAGCAUGGACUCGAGAGACCUCCUGCGAAGAAUUCUAUACCAGAAUCUGGAAAGACAAAACGAGUCUGGUUCCUACGAUCCAGAACAGCUUUGUUCUUCGAUCCCAGCUGGAGGCUGCACAAAGGCUAGUCGUGGCCAAGAACGGUUCUCAAGCAGCAGGCCUCUCCACCAUUUUGAGGCAUUUCUCUUAUGCGAAGCAAAGGUACGAGUCCCAGGCAGGACCACAGCUGGCAUACGUCCUCCUUCUGACUAGCAUCAGCCUGCUGCUGGCCGUUCGUGCUUCUGACUUGAAGCUGCCGAAGAAGGAUCGGGACAUGGCCGCUCAGUGGUUAGAGGGAAUGACUCCCAGCCACGCGGCAGUGGCCGGCCUCUCCGCUGACUUCGGCUGCGAAGCAGCAAGGCUGGUGCGGAUGUUUGACACGACAUCUCGCGAUCCAGCUACAUUCCGGCGGAUCAUUCUGGAUUGGACCCGCAAGAUGGAGGAGCUUUUCAUGAAGGGGCGGAUCCUUGAGGAACCCCCCGAAGGCCGACAUGUUGCAGGUCACUCCUAUUGCACGGCAACAUUCGUGGCUAUCACAAACUUCAUGGAGGCCGCUCCCAUCAUGUACAACCAGAAAGUCCAUUAUUUCUGGUCCUCCGAUGGGAAGGCUCAGGUCCUCGACGCUUUGGAUAGCCUCCAAGUUGUCUGCAAGGCCUCUCUGACCAGGCUUUCUGCUGAAUUCCAGGAUAACCUCGUCAAUGACUUGUGUGUCUUUGACCUCAAGGCCUGGAAGACAGCCAAGGCCGCUCCAGAUCAGUACGAGGCUUUCCGUGUGACUGCAAGGAAGCGGGUCGUUCGUUUGUGUCGAGGUUUGGGGUGUGAUGCUGAAGCUUGUUGGCAGCAACUCCAUGGCUGUGUGGAGUUUCUGCUUCGUCAAAGUGACUGCCAGCAAACACUUGUGUCGUCCAUGUACAUUGACAAUCGGCCAGUGUGGUCGAAACUGCUGGGCCAAGACCUGCGGCCGGUCCUGGGACAUGAGGCGCCCGAGCUUCUCAAGGUUUUCCAUGCGUACAAUGCAUACGGCAGUGGGACAAGCUGUACCGAAAGAGCGCUGGGCUGUGUGAAGACACAGCUGGAAAGCCAUGCUGGGCCGCUCGACGACCAGACCGUGAUUGCUCUCACACGUGUGGCGUGGACAGGUCUCUCCGAGGCCUCGUUUUGCACCGUCCCGAGCCAACGAGCCGACGAUAGCUUCAAGGCCACUGUGGCUGCGGCAGCCACGCCUUUGACGCUGAGAUGCGCUGAGCUUUGGGCCGCUCGUUACGGCCGACGCUUCGGGGUCUACAAACGGGCUUCUCCGAAAGCUCCUGCUGCUGAGGGCCAUGUCAAGAAAAAGCCGAAGGUGGGCCAGAUCCCGGGCAAGAAAACAACCAUUGCAUCCUGCAGAGCUGCUGCCUGUACCUACAUUGCGAACUCACGUGUGAAGGGCAAGCUCAUGUUGGGCCUCAAGGACCGACAGGUGGAAUGGAAGUUCGACAAGCCGUUGAAGGAGCACAAGAAAUGCACAGCGAAGCUUGCGAGUUUCGAGGUCGGAACACAAAGAAAGCGAGCCACCAACCAGAAGAAGCGACAGCAUCUCCAGAAGACGGGCCGUCCGGCUGAGAUCCCAAGGCCUGUGAAGGCGAAUCUGUUCCCGAAAACAGCGUCGGAGCAACCUACUGGAAUGAUCCUGAAUCUGGUGGGCCCUGACCUUGUGGCCCUUCCCAACACCAAGCUGAAAGUACUUCAGCGGCCUGAUGCUGUGCGGGCUUUCGAAGCCGCGAAGUCUGUUCGGGCGAUGGUGGUGCCUUCUGUGGGUCAAGGUUUUCCAUGUGCAUCGGCCGAUUCCGUUCUGUUCGGUGCAGCCUUGGCAGCUGUGGCCUUCGGUGGCUGCAUAAUUGGCCUCUCCGAUUGGCAAAAACACAAUUGGAAUGCCACUAUUUCUUUGGAAGGCUCCAUUUCGGCCGUGACGAUGAGGGCGAGGUUGUCCGAGAGGUUUGAGGCGCGGCAUAGGGACAUGGUGGCGAUCCUGCAGAAGCUUUCUUCUGUAUCCACUUCGAGAUGGAAAGUGGUAGGCAGCUCCGAUACCUCUCCGAACUCGUUAUCCAUCAACACUAUGGCCGAUCUCGCUCUGUUCCUCCAGAGGGCCCAACGCAUCAGUGGGGCCGCUCAGGUAAGCGGCGUGUAUUUCAAGUGA